UGCUAUUGAUACGUAGUCUAUUUUAUUGUACAGACCUGGCCUUGCUAACUCUUUAACUCGUGUGGGACUGUAAAGUUACCUGUAUUUAGUAUACCGCCGGUCACAUCAUCAUACAUAUUUAUAUAACAAACACUGCCGGUACACAGCACGAAUCAACAAAAUACGAAAACCGCGGAUGUAAAUUUGUUUACUAGAUCGUCAAGUUUCUGAAGAGCGUCCCUUUCGCGAGGACCCGGCUGUAGGUGAUCUUAUCACGGUCUUCGGUUUCAGCUGCAUUUGCGGUGUGUCGGAUUCGUGUGGAAAGGGUUCGAUCCGGACUUGUUACAGAAUGGAAGCUUACACAAAUGGUUUGGUUGUCCUGACCCUGCUGGCCAUCUUGCAUUCGGGGUCUUCAACUGUGACAGAGAUUAGCCUAACGGAAGGAAACACGUUCACUUUCCGCUGUGAUGUUGUAGCAAAAGGAGCCCUGGAACUUUUCUCAUCUCCACUUAAGUACUAUUACAUAAACACUGCCAAGGGGGAAGGAGCUGUCCAACUCUCACUCAACAGCGAAUCGCUUAAACCUGGCUGGACACCUUCAAUCCUCAAACCUUCAAAUGACACGUAUUUCCCAUUUCAAUUGGCUGGAACUGUAACUUUGGCCGACUCGGGCACGUACUACUGUACCAGGGAAAACUUCAACAAAACCGUGGUUCUGACGGUCAAAGAACUAACACUCGACGUGGGACGCAUAGAUUUUUCCAUAUCUGCUAUUGACGAAUUUGGUGUCCCAAGUGGAGAGGAGUUUCUCGUGACACGAAUGGUUAAUGGUUCAGACCCUAUUGCAAAGGAAAUCCAUAUUGACUCCGGGUACUAUCAGGUCAGAUGUACCGCUGAUGGAGGAAUCCCCGCACCGACGUACACACUGAACUCCGGGGACAAUCCUUUGGAGUUCGGAUCCAUGAAGACAGUGCUCAUCAACUCGGGAUUAUCAGACUUGUCUUGUCAUGUCGAAAACGGGAAAUUUAUGCAUCAUCUUCAAUUCGAUUUGAAGAUCAACCCAGGACAUCCCAAUAUAAUUUGCGAAGAACCGGUUACGGUUGUCGGGGCGACAGAUGCAGAAAUUGAUUGUGUUGUGUCCGGAAAAGAGCUCAAAUGCAGUUAUUUCGACUGGCUAUCUGAAAUGGAUAUGACCUCAUUCAAACAAAAAGCAAACUAUUCUGUUGAGUGUGAGGUGAAUGAAAAUCGCAUGCAAAUGAAGAAUGUCUUGAAGUUCAACAUGAUUAAAAAAUCGGAUUUUGAUGAUGGUUUCAUCCUCAAAUUUGAAAAUCAUUUGAGUGAGACGUUCCAAAUAGUAAACAAGUUGAAAAAAAAAGCGAUACCCGGUGCUCUGAAUGGAGGUAACAACGCGGUUCCUAUGGGAACAUUCACCCUGAUGUUCCUGUCCAUGAUAGCGUUGCUGCUGUAGACAAGUGAUGUGACGUCAACGGAUACCUGUUUCACACGUUACAUACUCGUAUGUCAUGUUUUAAUAUCAGAUUUGGAGAUUUUGUCUGGCAAGGGUAGAUGGGGGUAGAACAGCUGAUAUCUGGCUCCAGCGCUGAACUAAUAGUGAUACAGACAGUCAUUAGAUCUGAUACAUAAAACCGACACACUUCGGUGAUAAAUCAAUGUUAUGUUGUGAAAGGGUGCAGUAUUGAAAAAUACCAAAACCAUAAUCUGAUGGACCACUCAGAACAAAAAUAGAAUGAAAUGACAACAUCAAGUGUUUCCAAUUUCAUGUUAUAAUAUUCAACAUGAAUGUACAAACUAUGAUUACUUGUGGGAGUUUGUCAUAUUGUGAAGAUUUAUAACCGGUGGAUAUUUAUUUGAAACGACAUCAACAUGAAUUGGAAUGAGAUGAGAUCUGCUUAUUGUUCAUUUUGAACUAGCCAAUGUAAAUUGGCGUUACUGUGUUAAGAAUACAUUAGCCAAUCAACAAUGGCGUGAUAAAUGGCAUUGGUAGUUUGAAAAAAAAGCUAUUAUUAAGAAAGAAGACACAUUCUUCUCGGUUUAAGAUUGAUAAAAAAAUGUUGGAGGGAAAAUUAAAUCUGCUAAUUGUAGGUAAGUCAACAUUAUACUUAGUGUAGGUUAGUCAACAUUAUACAUAGUGUAGGUUAGUCAACAUUAUACUUAGUGUAGGUUAGUCAACAUUAUACAAAGUGUAGGUUAGUCAACAUUAUACGUAAUGUAGGUUAGUCAACAUUAUACGUAAUGUAGGUUAGUCAACAUUAUACGUAAUGUAGUUUAGUUAACAUUAUACAUAGUGUAGGUUAGUCAACAUUAUACAUAGUGUAGGUUAGUCAGCUUAUACAUAGUGUAGGUUAGUCAACAUUAUACAUAGUGUAGGUUAGUCAACAUUAUACAUAGUGUAGGUUAGUCAACAUUAUACGUAAUGUAGGUUAGUCAACAUUAUACGUAAUGUAGGUUAGUCAACAUUACACGUAAUGUAGGCUAGUCAACAUUAUACAUUGUGUAGGUUAGUCAACAUUAUACAUAGUGUAGGUUAGUCAACAUUAUACAUAGUGUAGGUUAGUCAACAUUAUACAUAGUGUAGGUUAGCCAAAAUUAUUUGCAAAAGGUGUCACUGUUAUAAGAGGUUUGCUGAUAUUCAUUUGCAUUUAUAAGUACACAUAGGUCAGCUGACGUUACAGCUCUUCUGUGCCAUUAACAUGCUGAAUGAGUGGGGAUUCAUUUUAUAUUCCAAUGUCGAUCAUUUUUUCUGUAAAAAGGCUAAAUUUGUCUUCUAAGUCUUCUCGAUUCAUAUAGAAAAAAAAAUGUAUAUAUAUAUAUAUAUGUAAUGUGUAAAAGGAAUAUUAGAUGACGCUAAACAAAUGUGUAUGCUGCGAUUAAAAACAUUCCUACAGUAAGGUCGACACAUAUCUUUUUAAUUUUAUCCGGCAUUUCCCCCAUUUAGCAUGAGUCAGUAAAUAUGUAUUUUUGAAAUUGUAUUUGGAACAUGUACCCCUGUGUUUCCCAAUACGUUUUUGUAUCCGAGGAUGGAACUCUUUCGUUUCAAAAUGACUGUAAUGUUUUGUUUUUGUGUAAAAGUAUGAUAGGCGUUUGUUAAGUAUAAUUUGCUUGUCUUGUAUAGACGUUUAUGAUGAUAGAAACAUAUCGUGUUUAACAUGUUAAUAUCAAACUACAACAAUUGUCUGAAAGAUAAUUCUUGUGCCAUUUCUUUCCUAUAGAGUAAUAGAAUAUAUCACUCAGGUGUGAUAUAGACAGAACAAACUCAAUUCGAAGUAAAAACAAAUGAAAGGUUUCCCACGAGGCUGUGCCAAGUGAUUAACUUAAAACACCUUACCCCGAGGGUUAAUUUCUCACUGUCUUCAUGCCGAGGGUUGAUUCUUCAUCACACGCGAGUAGUAUAUCUUUCUCCCACAUUGCCAUACCGUAAAAGGUAUUGAAAUUUAUAAUAUGAAACACAGGGAAAAUCAAUGCCACAUAAAGCGUGUGACAAAAAGGAUGACGAUCUUACUUUGAAGCUGUGACGUUUUCAGAAUAAAAUCGCGUGCUAGCUGUGUCCUAAUGUAGGUGAACACAGGUGAAACCUUUAACAGACAAAAACAGGAAUUCGUAAGUGUGGGAUAAUGAAGUAACGAACAAUCCAUUAUUAUGAGAACGUUAAAAUCAAAUAAUUUUAUAACCUAAUCAAAGCCCGAUAUAACUGCUCUUUACUUGAUGUUUAGAUUUGUUACAAGUGUCCUUUUUAUGUUUAGAAUUACAAUUUUGUUAGAAGAAAUAUUUUUAUUUUGAAAUAUAAGAAGAUCAAACCAGUGUAACCAUUUAUAAUCAAUAGCUAGUGUAUAUAAGAUCGUCUGACGGACAUGGUGUGAUCAUUGUAUUCCAACAUAUAUAUAUAUAUAUAAAUCCAUGCUACCUGGUCACAAACGUUUGUGUCUAGUCUUUCUUGCUUUCGACAAAGUAUUGCAAUAUGUACAUAAAUAUUAUACUCGUUCAUUAUUCAUUUCAAUAACUUACGGCCAGGAAGAUGCCUUUCAAAUACGUAAUUAUGACGUCACCGUAAGUUUUAAAGUAUUUCCUUGGAUGAAUGAUCGUUCAAUAAUUGUUUGUAAUAGCUGAUUUUUUUCCUAUAAUUGUAUGACUGUGCUAAGAGAGCUACAACAAUUUGCUCAUGCAUUUAUAAACGUUUUGCAUGGUUCUUUUAUGUUUGUGUUUGGUAUCGUAAGAAACAGUGUCGAUUCAUGUAAAUGCUGUCAGAAUGACGUCAGCAUUCAGUUAAAACUCCUUAUCCCUAAGACCACAACUAGCUCCAGUGUUACUCGUUCGCGUGUUUCUUCUCACCAUCGUUCAUCCAACUGUUCAACACAUUAUAGGACGAGAGUAAACAUAUGUAAUCCACAUUAUACUCAGUGUAUAGUUGUAUCUGUCCAAUAGUGCUUUGUUGUUUAUUACGUGAUUUUUUUUAUAUAAAAGCUCAAUUCCAUUUACAAAUUAUCUAUUCGUUCUUUCGCUGUAGAGGUAGUUUUCGCAAAUUAAAAGUUAAGGACCAUAUCCCGCAUACAUGACAGAGAUGUAGUUAUCGAUUAAUUUGAUAGUUCAAAGUAUUAUUGGAGGAGAAAAUUUAUAAUGGUGACAAUGGUGGCAAAUAUUUAAAUCAAGAGAUCAAAUUAAGCCAUAAAAACCUGACGUCGAGUUUUCUAUAUUUUUGUUUACUUCAAAUUAAUAAUACCUUAUUCCAUAAGUAAGCAUCAUACAGCUAUGAAAGCACAUUACUGAUAUCAAACGUUUAGCGGGUCGUAAAUCUCCUCAUACACAUGCUUGACAAAAUGUGAAUUUAUUAAGCACCACCUUUGACUUCGUCCCGAUGACUUGCUGUAGGUUCGGCAAUUGCUUCAGUCAGCCUUGUGAUGUCUGGUGGUUAUCUUUCAUUGUUGUUAAGAUGACGUUGUUGUCAGGGAAAUGUUGACCUCUUGACCAUCUGUAUGUCUGUUAUGUGAACUGACCAGUGGCUUUGGUUACCGUGGCUUUAACUUCUGGGUGUCACCAGUGUUUAUGUUAUCCUGUAGGUACUGCAGGGCACUCACAGUGUCUUUAUUUUACGUCUAUUGCUUGCUAAAUAUCGUUAUCGUCACGUUUUACAAUCACUAUGAUAUGAUGAUAUAUAAUAACACCAGUAUAACGCAAGGUACCACAAAGUUGAAAUAAAGUUACAAAUCUAUAUAAAGACACAAGUUACACAAAAAAGUAUAUUUCUCAUAUAACAGAGACGAUGUGGAAUUUAACACAUAAGUUUGACAUAUUGGGCAGAAGGUACUGAAGAAUCAAUUUGUGGAGUGUUUUAUAAUGUCCAAAUACAUUUUACAGUUCUCUUUC